AUGCUCACCUGUUUGGUAUCUCUCUUCAUUGGGAUGGCCGUUGGGAUUGGCCUUGCCAGCGCCUUCAAUCCUACAGUCCGGCUGGUAGCCAAUGCAAUUGCCAAAGCAAGCUUAAGACCACCAGCGGUGAAUGUGGAGGGUGGGUUUGUCUUCAACGCCGAAACAGGAGAAUCCAAAUGCGGUACGCAUUGGUCUGAAGCUAAACGUCUGGGCUGCCACUUCGACGUUAUGGCCUCGCGAUGGUACUCUUCAGAGUGUUUCAACCAGGAUGUCUUAAGCGAAAUGCUCCAGGAGGUCAAUUUCAAGUGGUACGCUGACCGGGAGCACACCGAGGAAGUUUCCCGGGAUAUCGUCCUCGCCGGCGAGUUUGAAGCUGUCUAUCCGGACAAUGAUUACCACAUAAUGCAUUGCCUUUACUUGUGGCGACGACUGCAUUCCGCUAUCAUCGAGCAUCGAUACUUGGAUGAUGACGUAUACAGCUACGGACAUACAUUGCACUGCACCAGAUUAAUUAUGCAAUGGCCAAAGGGGAUAAAUUCCACCACAAUUGCGACCUCUGGUAUUCCGUAUUGCAGGUCAGAGCCCCUGUGA